UCUAUUAUCUAUAGUUGAUCAUUCAAAAAAGUACUUUGGUUGAUGAUUUGUUCGAAGAGAUGUUUAUCCUUCUUGCAUGUUGAAGAUAGAUAAAUGCUUGGUUGAUUCUGAUUUAUUGGAUUCUAAGAACACUUUGGAGUUCAGUACUGUUUUCAGAUACUUCAGAAACUGUUCUCUAGUGGCUCAGUUGGCACAUAUUCUCGUGCUUUUGGAAAUGAACAUGGAGCGAAUCCGGUUAUUAACAAUCAUAACAUCAUAUUCAGUCCUUAUGGCACCCAAGGUAGAUGUAACUAGUUUAUCUAGUUUCGUUGUUCGCUUAAACACUUACAUUGUAAACAACAAAUAAUUUUGCUUGUAGAUGCCAUCCUUAUCCUGCCCUGAUAAGAUGGUUUUGUAGUUCUGAGUCACUAGUCUAUUGGCAUUGGCCUUGAGAGCCAUCAUGGAUGAGAGGAAAAACAAAGGAAAAAACAAAUUGCUUCUCCUGGUUGCUUUUUGCUGGAGAUGGUCCACGAACAAGACUUGGGAUUCUUUGCCAAUUUCCUCGGCAUCUUUAUAUUCUUUUCAGUAAUUGCAUGCCAUUACGUGAUCGCAGAUCCUAAGGAACUUGCAAAUUUAAUGAUGGAUUUGAAUUCAGGAACUUGAAUAAACCAUGAUGAUGCUUCUAAACUCUUUUAGUACUGGCACUGUUGUCUUCCCGGUACAACGAUUGUAUUAUUUAAAUGUAUGCGAUACGAUACACAAUUUAUUGUCCUUGUUGUAUACAAUCAGGAGCAAUGCGAUCUGUACACCUAUUAAUAGAGUGUCUAUCUUAUACUUUUAA